CGGCGGCGUCGGUGGCGGCUGCGGGGGAGGGGCUCGGCGUCAGCGCGUCGCCGGCUGGGCCGCGCCGGUGGCCAGGAGGGAGAGACAAGGAGGAGGAGAUGUGAGUACUCCCACUGACAUGUGGUCUCACCAUUGACAUGCUGCCCUUGCCAGAGGCUCUAACCAUGUGACCACAUCAUCUUGGAGUUGAACCUCUAAAACUGUACCUUUGCAAAAGACCAGAUUGGACAUCUGCAGAGAUAUCGGUAUACCUGGUUUAUCAGUCUGCUCCACAAAAACCUAGUGAUGUCCACUAUUUGCCCUGGGCUGGCCCUCGGGUUGUGCUUCAAGAAGAGUACAGGGAGGAACAUAUUUUCUUCUUGCCUCAGAAGUUGCAAUAGAAGUUUGAACGGGCCAAUGAGUAUACUCAUCAUUGAGGCGUUCUAUGGAGGCUCCCAUAAACAGCUAGUAGAUCUGCUCCAAGAAGAACUAGAGAGCUGUGUCCUUUAUACCCUUCCUGCAAAGAAAUGGCAUUGGAGAGCACGAACAGCAGCUUUGUACUUCUCUCAGAACGUUCCCAUCAGUGAGCAUUAUAGGAUCCUCUUUGCAAGUUCAGUGCUUAACCUGACUGAACUGACUGCCCUUCGGCCUGACCUUGGGAAAUUGAAAAAGAUUCUGUACUUCCACGAGAACCAGUUGGUAUAUCCUGUCAAGAAACAUCAAGAGAGGGAUUUUCAAUAUGGUUACAACCAAAUUCUUUCAUGCCUAGUGGCUGAUAUGGUGGUUUUCAACUCAGUUUUUAAUAUGGAGUCAUUUCUCACUUCUAUUGGAAAAUUUAUGAAGCUGAUUCCUGAUCACAGACCCAAGGAUCUGGAAAGCAUCAUCAGACCCAAGUGCCAAGUUAUUUACUUUCCCAUCAGAUUUCCUGAUGUGAGUAGGUUCCUAUGGACCUGUCUUAAGAAAUCUGGGAGAUUCAUGCCCAAGCACAAAAUAACCCAUUUAAAGAGGAUGCUCAGCCUUAAAGGAAAUGGUGGUGCCGCUCCAUCCAUGGCCUGUCCUUCCCAACAGGAGCAAAGAGAUUCUGAGAAUUUACUAGAGGAUUUUAAUUCAGAGUAUAAUGUACACUUUGACCUUGGUACUGUACAACAAGAAAACCUGGAUAACUCAUCAAUGCAAGAGCCAGACUCAAGACAAUCCAACUCAUCUGUUAAUUCAAGCUCUCAUCAUGGGGAAAAUGAACAAAAUCUGACUCUCAAUCCCUGUGACACUCUGCGAGGAGUUGACAAUCAGCAAAGACCACUGCACCUUGUCUGGCCUCAUAGGUGGGAGCAUGACAAAAAUCCGGAGAGUUUUUUUAAGGUAUUAAUGCAUCUAAAGGACUUAGGACUAAAUUUCCAUGUCUCCGUCCUUGGAGAAACCUUUACAGACGUCCCAGAUAUAUUUUCAGAGGCCAAAAAGGCAUUGGGAUCUUCGGUCUUACAUUGGGGCUACUUACCCUGCAAAGAUGACUAUUUCCAAGUACUGUGCAUGGCUGAUGUUGUCAUCUCAACAGCUAAGCAUGAAUUCUUUGGAGUGGCAAUGUUGGAAGCUGUUUAUUGUGGUUGUUACCCCCUUUGUCCCAAAGAUUUGGUUUAUCCUGAAAUAUUUCCAGCUGAAUAUCUGUAUUCUACACCUGAACAGCUUUCAAAAAGGCUCCAGAAUUUCUGCAAGAGACCAGAUAUUAUAAGAAAACAUCUCUAUAAGGGUGAAAUUGCUUCAUUUUCUUGGGCAGCCCUACGUGGUAAAUUCAGGUCUCUGCUUACAACAGAACCUAGGGAAGAUUUGUGACAGAUGGGACUAAGUCACAAACUUGCAGCCUAAGGCAGAAUCUGAAGAACUUUCCAGAGUGUGCCCAUAUUUACCUGAUCAGAGAGAAAAGAAAAUCUGCAGAGGAAGCCGAGCCUGGCUGCUUGUCAUAGCUGACACAGAGCCAUCUGCCACAAACCUGUGGCGGCUUCAGAUCUCCAAUCCCUGCCACCACCCCAACUCAAAUUAAAUACAGAUUCCUAGAGACGUUAUGAUGGUUACACAUGUCCUCGGCAUCACAUGUAGGAGACUGUUCAAAAAAAAUAUGUGGCCUGUUGUAUAACCGCACUCAUGUAUCCCAUAUGUGGUGCCACAUUGAAUUUCCGGUUGAAUCCGUUUUUAUCCUUUGUACUGGAUGACAUGGUGCCUGAAUUCUUUCUUUUCGCCGACACGAUGGCAGCCAAACUGCAGCUUCAAACGCUCACACUUGGCUGGGUUUCUACCUAGGUUGCCAGGUUAUCAUCGGAGCCUUCUUGUGUCCUCAAAGGGCCACAGGGCCUGAAAGGAAGAUCAGAAUGCUACCGGACUAAUUGGGCAGCCAUCUCAGAAUUGUUUGUGGGCAAAGGGCUGCUUUAGCACUUUUCUUUUAGCAAAUUAAUGACUCUGUGGCACAGGAGUUUUUAAGUGAAGGUAUUAAUAAGGAGUCUGGCAGGUAUUCCCAUGAUUCACAGAGUUACAUUUGCAUUUAAUUAAUCUUAAAGAAAGUUGCAAGAUAAACAGCUGUAAUUCGGACAAACAUGGCAAAUACAGUCAGUGGAUCCACCUCACCCAUAAAAUGAAUACUAAGAUACUUAUUUUUUUUCCAGGAGUAAAAAUAAAGAAAUGAAAAUACUUCUAAGAAAACCAGUAAUUUUGAUACAAAUAUUCUCCAAAAAUAUUUUUAGCCAGCUACAAAUGUAAUCUUUUCAAGAUAAAUCACUUAUGAUUCCAAUAGUCAAGCUGCUGUAUUUGUUGAUGCAAAGAUGUUUUGAAUGACUAGAUUGUAAAAUAAAUUUUUAAUAAAGUGCCCACUGCAAUUUUUAAUUAGCA